AUAACAUGGAAAGUGUGUGUGAAGGGGAAUGGAGCUCUAGCUUCAACGGGAUGUGUUCCGACGAGGCGGAUUUCAUGGCACAACUGCUGGGGAGCUGCUCCGUCCCGGUCUCAUCUUUCUGGGCUGCAAACGACGAGACAAACAUGUUUUCCUUUUCACUAGGAAAUAACAGCUUCAUUUUCCCCUCUUUGAGUAGCAACACCACCACUUUGAUGCCAAUGGAUUACUCUCUCAUGGAUGCUAAUGCCAAGACUCUUAUGGAAGGCGAAGACGACUUCCUAAACCACGACCACAGCGACGCCUCCGACAACAAACUUCUUCAAGAAUCAUCACUCAUCACCACCCACAUAUCCAAGAAAAGGCCUCAAAUUCCUACAGGAUCCCAAAGAAGCAAGAGGUUCAAGAAAUGUGCAGAUGAAAAUGAUGAGGCCAACAAUGCUAAUGGUAGUAAUGUGGUGCUUCACAGACAGAGCUCAUCAAGUGGGUGCUGCUCAGAAGACGAAUCCAACGGGGUGAAGUCGAGCUCGAGCUCGAGGAGAAGUGGAGCUCAGGACGUGAAGGGCAAGGCAAGGGCUAGUAGGGGAUCAGCUACUGAUCCACAGAGCUUAUAUGCUAGGAAAAGAAGAGAGAGAAUCAAUGAGAGAUUGAGAAUCUUGCAGAACUUAGUGCCAAAUGGAACUAAGGUUGAUAUUAGUACAAUGCUUGAAGAGGCUGUCCAAUAUGUCAAAUUCUUGCAGCUGCAGAUUAAGCUUUUGAGCUCAGAUGAUCUAUGGAUGUAUUCUCCUAUUGCCUACAAUGGAAUGGAUUUAGGGCUUGAUUUGAAGAUUCCCUCUCCAAAACCACAAUUAUGAUGACGAUGAUGAUUUUUUUUUUUGUGAAUAAAUCCCACAUCAUAGACCUAAGUAGAAGCCAUUUCUGUGAUGGCUUCUUUAUUUUAUUUUAUUCUUUGGAAUACAUAUAUAAAAAUAUAACUGAGAGCAAAGACAAUAUCUUAUCUCUCAUUGAUGAGGAC